AGGCCUGGGCGGGGCACUGAGCGCUGGGGAGGCUGCGCCGGAGCACCCGGUUGGUCAGACCAGAGUGGGCUGGAGGCGGACUGGAGCAGGGUCGGACCAAGAUGGCGGUGCAGGUGGUGCAGGCGGUGCAGGCGGUUCAUCUCGAGUCCGACGCUUUCCUAGUUUGUCUCAACCACGCUCUGAGCACAGAGAAGGAGGAGGUGAUGGGGCUGUGUAUAGGGGAGUUGAAUGAUGAUGCAAGGACUGACUCCAAAUUUGCAUAUGCUGGAAGUGAAAUGCGCACAGUUGCUGAAAAGAUUGACACCGUCAGAAUUGUUCACAUUCAUUCUGUCAUCAUUUUGCGACGUUCUGAUAAGAGGAAGGACCGAGUAGAAAUUUCUCCAGAGCAGCUGUCUGCAGCCUCAACAGAGGCAGAAAGGUUGGCUGAACUAACAGGUCGCCCCAUGAGAGUCGUGGGCUGGUAUCAUUCCCAUCCUCAUAUAACUGUUUGGCCUUCACAUGUUGAUGUUCGCACACAAGCCAUGUACCAGAUGAUGGAUCAAAGCUUUGUAGGACUUAUUUUUUCCUGUUUCAUAGAAGAUAAGAACACAAAGACUGGCCGGGUACUCUACACUUGCUUCCAAUCCAUACAGGCCCAAAAGAGCUCAGAGUAUGAGAGAAUUGAAAUCCCAAUCCAUAUUGUACCUCAUGUCACCAUUGGGAAAGUGUGCCUUGAAUCAGCAGUAGAGCUGCCCAAGAUCCUGUGCCAGGAGGAGCAGGAUGCGUAUAGGAGGAUCCACAGCCUUACACAUCUGGACUCAGUAACCAAAAUCCAUAAUGGCUCAGUGUUUACCAAGAAUCUGUGCAGUCAGAUGUCAGCAGUCAGUGGGCCUCUUCUACAGUGGUUGGAGGACAGAUUGGAGCAAAAUCAACAACAUUUGCAGGAGUUACAACAAGAAAAGGAAGAACUUAUGCAAGAACUUUCUUCUCUAGAAUAAAGCAGGAGACAAAGUGGGGAAAGAUGAAAAUAUCCAGUGUAAAAUUAAUUAAGCUAAAUCAAUUUUGAAGAAGAAAAUGUUGGAGGACUCACAUUACCCCGCUUCAAGACUUACUAUAAAGCGGUAGUAAUCAAGAUAGUAUUGGCAAAAGAAUGACAUAUAGAUCAAUGGCACAGAAGAGAGAACCCAGAAAUAGACCCACAUAAAUAUGCCCAGCUGAUUUAAACAAAGUGCAAAAGCAAUUCAGUGGAGAAGGGAUAGACUUUUCAACAAAUUAUGCUGGAGUAAUUGGACACCUAUAGGCAAAAAAGAAAUGAACCUUGACCUAUACCUCUCAUCUUAUAUAAAAUUUAACUCAAAAUGUAUCAUGGACUUAAAUGUAAUAUGUAACUACAAAACUUAGAAAAAAGUCAUAAGCGAAAAAUCUUUAGGAUCUCUGGCUAGGCAACAAGUUCUUAGACUUCACCACAAAAACACAAUCCAUAAAAGGAAAAAAUUGAUAUAUUGGACUUCAUCAAAAUUAAAACCUUUUAUACUGUAAAAAAUUUAAG